CACGACUUCUAGAUAUACACAACUGGCAAUACAUAUAACAAUUCAUCCAUCGUUUAACGUUAAUUCCAUUAGUUUCGAUUUGACUUCCACGGUCGAACGCUUGAAACAUGUGGAAGACUCUCCUAAUUGCUACCUGCUUCCUUACAAAAGUCUCAGGUUUUGUCAGGCACUGCGUGCCCUAUACCGUUGGCACCGAUGUAGUCGCGUGCGUUUGCAAUGCAACUUAUUGCGACGAUACACCGUACAAUGUUCCGAAAAUUCCCCCGAAAGGGUCUUCCUACGUGUACGUGACAAACAAGAAGGGUCUAAGGAUGAAAAUGUUCAAGGCAAAGUUCAACAUCUCUCGCAAUAAUUACUCCGACGCAAUCUUAACCGUAGACCCUACAAAGAAAUAUCAAACGAUUCUCGGUUUUGGGGGCACGUUCACCGAUUCAUUCGGUGCAAUUUUGGAAAAGCUCAGCCUGGCCACGCAAAAUCAAAUAAUCCGGACAUAUUUCUGUAAAAGGGCGGGAAGCAGGUAUAGUUUAGGUCGCAUACCGAUCGCCGGCACAGAUUUCUCAACGAGGCCUUACUCGUACGACGAUGUAGCGAACGACACGUCGUUGGAACAUUUUGCCCUCACAUACGAAGAUUAUGCCUAUAAAAUACGAAACAUACAGAAAGCCCUGCAACUAAAUAGUCAAAUUAAAUUUGUUGCUAGUCCGUGGUCGGCCCCUGGGUGGAUGAAAACCAACGGCGAAUUCAGUCAAUUUGGUUGCCUGAAGGAGGAGUAUUAUCAGACCUAUGCUGAUUACUUGGCGAAGUUUGUGGACAAGUAUAAAAGGUACCAUAUCGACAUAUGGGCCGUGACCACGGGUAACGAGCCAACGAUCGCCCCUCAGCUUAAUGUUUCGAACAUUAUUACCAUGGGAUGGACACCCGAAAGCAUGGCCAGCUGGGUCGGUGAUUUCUUGGGACCAGCGCUAGAAUCAUCGAUGAACCCAAACACGGUUGUGUUAGCCCUCGAUGACAAUAGAAACGUACUGUCAGAAUUCGCUGAGCCGUUGUUUAGAAACGAAGAUGCGUCCAAGUACACUGUAGGGGCUGGUGUACAUUGGUAUUUUGACAAAGAUACACCUGCUACGAUAUUGGAUGAGAUUCACGAGGAAUUCCCAGACAAACUGUUACUCAUGACCGAAGCAUCUAUAGGUCCGUCGACCUGGAAAUCUUCGAACGUUGCGACGGAAGCGUGGAAUGGCGGAGAAAAGUAUAUUUUGAGUAUAAUAGAGUAUAUGAAUCAUUGGUCGGUUGGAUGGAUAGACUGGAAUUUAGCUCUCGACGAAGAGGGUGGACCAUCCUGGGCUAACAUGACCCUCGACGCAGCCAUUAUCGUGAACACAGAGGACGAUGUGUUCUAUAAACUGCCAGCGUUUUAUGCCAUCAGACAUUUCAGUAGAUUCGUUGACAGAGAUUCUGUCAGGAUUUCUAUCACCGAUACCCCUACCAUCAAGACCACGGCCUUUUCGACAACUUCGGAGGAAAUUGUUGUUGUGCUGUACAACAGCGAUAGCUCUGCAAAGACCGUGACCCUUAAGGAUGCGCGACAGGGUGCACUGCAGUUCAAAUUAUCUCCAUAUUCUAUGAAUACAGUGAUCUAUAAAUCAUGAACACGUUUUAAAAUGCCACUAAAUUGUAAGAUUACCCGAAAUAAUAAAUGACAAACGAACAUCACGUUUCGAUAGCAAGA